GAUUUCCCUCUGCUUCAGAUGAGUGAUGUGGUGAAUGAUCAGUCCAACAUUGUUGGAUUCUCUAUGCUGAACAGGACUCAUCCUUUCUACCUGGAGUUCAUAAGAAGCCUGAAUCUUUCUUGGAAGGAAGGAUGUGACAUCAGUCCAUACCCAGGCCCAGCGCUGUCAUCAGCGCUGAUGUUUGAUGCUGUUCACGUGGUGGUGAGCGCCGUGCGGGAACUGAACCGAAGUCAGGAGAUUGGAGUGAAACCUCUGAGCUGCACCUCCCCACUCAUCUGGCAGCACGGAACCAGCCUCAUGAACUACCUCCGCAUGGUGGAAUAUGAUGGACUCACUGGUCACAUUGAGUUUAACAGCAAAGGACAGAGGACCAAUUACACCCUGAAGAUCUUGGAGAAACACCCUGCAGGUCAUAAAGAGAUUGGUACUUGGUAUUCCAACAACACACUGGCCAUGAACUCUACUUCCCUGGACCUGAAUGCGUCAGAGACGUUGGCUAACAAGUCCUUAAUUGUAACCACAAUACUGGAAAAUCCUUACGUAAUGCGUAAGUCCAAUUACCAGGACUAUAAGGGGAAUGAUCAGUACGAAGGAUUCUGUGUGGACAUGCUGCGAGAACUGGCAGAUAUCCUGAAGUUCUCCUUUAAGAUCAAGCUGGUGGAUGAUGGCCUGUAUGGAGCUCCUGAACCAAACGGCAGCUGGACCGGCAUGGUGGGAGAACUGAUCAACAGGAAAGCAGACCUGGCAGCCGCCGGCUUCACUAUCACCUCCGAGAGAGAGAAGGUGAUUGAUUUCUCCAAACCGUUCAUGACUCUGGGGAUCAGCAUCCUGUACCGAGUCCACCUGGCUCGGAAGCCAGGUUACUUCUCCUUCCUCGACCCGUUCUCUCCGGCCGUCUGGCUUUUCAUGCUGCUGGCUUACCUGGCCGUCAGCUGCGUCCUUUUCCUCGCCGCCAGGCUCAGCCCCUAUGAGUGGUACAACCCUCACCCAUGUUUACGGGAGCGGCGGGACAUCCUGGAGAACCAGUACACGUUGGGAAACAGUCUGUGGUUCCCAGUUGGUGGCUUCAUGCAGCAGGGCUCAGAGAUCAUGCCUCGGGCGCUGUCCACCCGCUGCGUCAGCGGAGUCUGGUGGGCCUUCACGCUCAUAAUCAUCUCGUCCUACACGGCCAACCUGGCAGCGUUUCUAACUGUCCAGAGAAUGGAGGCRCCCAUCGAGUCUGCUGACGACCUGGCCGACCAGACCAACAUCCAGUACGGCACGAUUCAUGGAGGAUCCACCAUGACCUUCUUCAUGAACUCACGGUACCAAACGUACCAGCGGAUGUGGAACUACAUGAAGUCCAAGCAGCCCAGUGUGUUUGUGAAGAGCACGGAAGAAGGCAUUGCUCGCGUCCUUAACUCCAAGUAUGCUUUCCUGAUGGAGAGCACCAUGAAUGAGUACUACCGCAGCCUCAACUGCAACCUCACGCAGAUCGGGGGACUGCUCGACACAAAGGGAUACGGCAUCGGCAUGCCUCUGGGUUCUCCGUACAGAGAUGAGAUCACUCUGGGGAUUUUACAGAUGCAGGAGAGCAACAGGCUGGAGAUCCUGAAGAGACGCUGGUGGGAGGGAGGACAGUGCCCCAAAGAGGAGGACCACCGAGCCAAAGGUCUCGGCAUGGAGAAUAUUGGCGGGAUCUUUGUUGUCCUAAUAUGUGGCCUCAUUGUAGCUGUGUUUGUGGCCAUCAUGGAGUUUGUUUGGUCGACACGCCGCACCGCUGAGACGGGCGAGGUCUCUGUUUGUCAGGAGAUGUUGACCGAGUUUCGAAAUGCUGUUUCUUGUAAGAAAAACUCUCGUUCCCGGCGGCGGCGGACCCUGACUAGCAGCGGGGGCGGAGUCCUACGCCACCCGUCCCGCCUGACUCUGGCCGGUCCUCGACCCAUCCGCCUGGUUCGAGAGAUGCGUCUCAGCAACGGGAAGCUCUACAGCGGUGCCGGCCCGCUGACGGGAGGCCUGGCGGGACUCGGGGGAGGCAUGGGAGGAGGACCUGACUUGGGCCCGGGGCCACAGAGGCUCUUCGAGGACGCGUUCGGUGCCAACGUCACCAGCAGCGCCCCUCCUCCACCUCCCCUCGCCUCGGCCUUGGAGGCUCCGCCCGCUCCGCCGCGAAGCUUCCUGCAGAGCUGCAGCCACAUCCGCAUCUGCCAGGAGUGUCGGAGGAUUCAAAGCCUGAGGCCGGCCACGCUCACGCCUCCCCCGCCCCCGCCCCCGUCCUCCUCCUCCUCCGCCUCCUCGUGCUCUCGCGCGCCGCCGUCGUUGGCGACGCCGGGUCUCCACCACCGCCACAACCUCCAUCACCACCACCUUCACUACCACCACGGCUCCAUGUCGUUGCCCCGCCUACCCCCGCCUCCUCCCCCAAUCCCAACGGACAGAGCUGACAGUGACGGGGGGACUGCGAGCCCACUGCAGGCUCAAAACAAACCAGCACCUCCGCCCAGGCCACUGCCUCCUGCCAAAACGCACCCAUCGACGGACUUACUGGGGGGGCAUGACUGUGCCUAAAAACARCUAAAGUGGGGGGGCUCACAGAUCCCAGAAACUAUCAGAACCUUUGGUUUGGCCCAAACAGCUCGGCUGUAUUUGUCCAAAUUGGCCUGUAUCUGCAGACGUAGAUGAAAGAACCUAUCCCGACCCGUUUGCAGGGUCGAUUACUGAAAUGUUGCCACUUUGGCUCCGUUGCAAACUUUUACACAGGGUUUGGUGGAAUAUUCACCCUAACCUGGUAGCAUAAAGAAACGACCAGACAAGAAACUCCGGUUCCAACCACCUGAAAGUGUUUGGGAUCUUUGGGUUGCAGCACAGCAAACGAUGGACGAGCAGGAAGUAGCUGUCAGAUCCAGAACUCCACCUCUUACCUCGGUUAAUCAUAACACUCUUAGAAAUAAGACUCGRAGACGUAAAGCUGCAGAGUUCACCAGCACUCUGGUGUUUUUUCAGUUUCAAUACCAAACCAGGUGUUCGUAUAUGAGACUUACACACAGACAUGUGGUAGCAGAGCAGCUGUACAGUUAUUGUGAUCUUCUGUCACUCUUUUGGACGUCUGUGGAGGAGUGCUUUUCAACAACGUUGCUGUUAGUCCAGACUCCUGCUGGCUGGUGCUGUGGUCUAGAAAACACACAUCGAUGCUCAUCUGAAGUGUGCAACACUGUGCUGGGGUAGUUCUAUAUGUGUUAGAACUUAAAACUAAGACAAAAAUAACUUUAAGGCAUCAGAAACUGUGAAAGGGAAGGGCUGAGAAUCAACAAAAGGUCGUUAUUUUUGUAAAAACUAAAUUGAGGGUCUGUGUUUGAGGUGUUUAAACAAAAUUUAAGACCAAUCAGCCAAUCAGAAAGUAGUUUUCUGUUAGUAUGCUGUCASCUAUAUUUAGUUCCUGUUCUCUAAGGUAUAUGUUUUUGAAAACCAAUGGGACUACUGGCCUUUGCCUACCAAGUUAAUUUGUUGUCUCAUGUUAUAUGUUAAAAUCAAAUUCUUCAAUGAGUGCAUUGUUUUUAACAUGACUGAUUUUCUAGCUCUUUUUGCAGCAGUAAAUUACAGUUUUUAUGAAGACAGACAGAUUGACUUAGUGCUGAGCUCCUAAAAUUUAUGAAAAACAGUGUAUAAUUGGAUUAAUGAACUUUCUUUAAGUUGUUUAUUGGUACUUCUAGCAAAGCUAUAACUGGAGUACUAAAAAGUCAACAUACACUUAAACAAACUCUGGUUGGAUAGACCCUUUUUUGCCAGCAGUGAGGAAGUGAACAAACCACCAAACUGUUUCAAUUUAGCCUUAUACUGUGAAUGUCUGCGAUAGAAUGGUGCAGUGUUUUCAGUGAAUAUGUCAUAAAACUGAAGAGAAAACACAAAAGUGCAGACCAGCGUUCACCUUUCGUCUGCUGUUUUCAAUUUUCCAUAAUGUCAGUUUGAAUAUUUUACCCGAUGACUUUGAUGUCACAAACGUAGUUCAGCUGAUAAAUUCAUAACAGACUUCGAGAUGUCAUUUGUUAUAGAUUUUUAUUAUUUUAUUAAUAUAAAAUACAAACUUUAUACUGAGCAAAGAUAAGCUUCCUAUUUACUGAACUAACGCGCAUGAACAUAAUGUUUGUUCUGAAACAUUCAAGUUGUUUUAUUUUAUUUUAUUUCUAACAUUCAUAGUUUCAUCACUGCAGCAAGCUGUCAAAUCAAAAAGUAACAGCUACUUUGAUUUUACACAGUAAAAUAAUUUAAUUUUGUUUGCUGAAUUGCUUGCAAUUAGAUGGGCAUCUAAUGAGUCAAUAAAACUACUUUUUGAACUGAUAGUAUAAAUUCAGUGAUGGCUGCUGACAAUGACCCAAAGUAGGCUGCUAAACAAAAUCAAGCAUCUGAAUMUGAAUAUYCUGUAGAGACCACCUGUUUUAAAUGCUUCAUUUAUUGUCUAAAGUUGAGGGACUUUAUAUAGAAAAUUGUUUUUUUUUUUGUUUUGUUUUUUGCUGUGUUUUGGAUUUUUUUUAUUAAUCCAAUUAUUGAAGGAGUUCAGCUGCUUUUAAAUCUAAGAGAGUUUUGGCUUUUUACAGUGAACCUCAACAUAUUCAUGUUUCACUCAUGCAGUGAGUUAAAAAGACAAAUAAAAAAGGCAGAUCAGACAUUACCAAGUUUGCACACUAUUUUAUUUUAUUUUUUUGCUUUUUAAUUGUUUCUUCAGUAGAUAAACAAUUAAUAUUAAACCCAGUGCAGAAUACUUUUGUAUUGGCUUCAUCUCAACCUCUGAUGCUGCAAACAUCACUUCAUUUUUAAACACACCAGAGUUGUUGAAGCCGCUCCAAAUGUUCCAGCCCUCACAGAUUUAUUUUCAUUUUGCAACAUGAGAUUAUUUCUGCAUCAAUACUUUAACUUCUGUGACCUUCUAUUGAAACUCUACAGCAAGAAAUUGUUGUUAUAUGUGUUGUUUUUCAGUUUGUUUGUGCUUACUGAAAACACAUCAGAGGCUUAGCCCACACCUGUUCUUACUACAGUUUUUACUCCAAUUAUGAUCAAUUUUCGGAAAAAUAUAAUUGCUUUCUUAWAUUGGUAAUUACUGAACAUUCUUCUAGUAUAAAUUGAAAAAUUUCAAAAUAAAAGUUGAGCCUCAAGACAUGAAGCACAUUAUCCAUUGGCUAUUGGUAUAGCUAAAAACCAAAACAUAGUGUAAACGUCCAAAACUAGAAAACAUGAAUAAAAAAUGUACUUUAGUCUCAUGAUUGUCAAUAAUUUUAAUUAUUGCUGUAGAAUAUAUUUUAGUAACAUGAAACAUGCUGAGAUUUAGUUCUUGGUGUUGAUUUUAUUUUAUUUUAUUUUUUCUUCUAAUAUAACUUUGCGGGAUACAUUAUGAAAACCAUGAUGCCUUUUCUAUAAUACUAAUAAUCAUAAUAAUAAUAACCAUAAUAAUAAUAAUAAUAAUAAUAAUAACAAUGAUAACAAUAAUAACAAUAAUAAUAGGGUAUAAAUAGGAUAAUUUCCAUAUGGUUACUAAAAAAGAACUACCUCAGUGCAGUUAUAUCUAUUUUAGGUCAGUAUUCAUGCUGUUUUUAGCCUGUUUUUGUGAGUUAUUGGAGGUCAGACAUGUUGUGUUGUACACACACAGUAAACRCRUMUCCACACACAUUUACCUGUAGUGUGGUAGAGCAGUAUUUCAGAGCGUCCAGUCUAAAAUUUAACAUUUUUUUCUGUUCUUUUUUUUUUUUUUUUUUUUUUUACAGGAAGUACUCAAGUCCUUUUAAACUGAUGUCACAAUGAUUUGUUGUAAUCCCAGGUUGGUGCAGUUUAAACAAUGAAACAUUAACUGCCUCCACUGAAAGUAACUCAUGUCGACCAACAACUUCUGAUCAAAGUGCUGAUGAUGAAUGUCAGUUCUUUUCAUACAAGCUUUACAGUUUUGUAAGUGUAAAGUGAGCAAAUGAAAAUAUUGUUUUGAAAAAAAUGUAUGCUUUGUUUUUGUACUGUAUUCUUUUUAUUUUCUUCACUUAAAAUGUUGAAUUGACUGCUGCAGCAACAGCUGAGAAGAAUGUUGAUGAAAAAUGUACAUUUCAGGAGAGAAAUGUUGAGUGUUUCUGCUUGUGUAAAAGUAGUGACUAACUGCACUGAGACUGAAGAGCAAAAACACACAAAMGGUGUUUAAUUUAUUAUUUUUAAGCCCACAUUCCAACCUCAGCCUGCUUUAUGUCCACCUGUGCAUCCACUCACCUGUUUAUGAUUUAAUCUGAUACGUUUUUGAAACGAUAAAUGAAUGCAACAGGAUUGCACACUUUUGCAACUCCUGCAAGGAUAUUGAGAACCCCCCGCAAACAUUUUUUGAAACAUUUUAGAGAUUCCCCCUGGGAAGAACGUUUGCUAACAAUGUGCCAGCAUUGCAGUCGCAGCCCAGUGAGGUGCUGGUGAUUGGGUGUGUGUUAAUGUGUAUUAUUGUCUAUCUUUGUGAGAACCUGUGAGAAUUCUCCAGCUGUUCAAAAAUUCAAAUUUGACAAGAAUUAAAAUUCUAUCGUUAAGGUUAAACAUUAGGAGCCUGGAAAGGCAAGCGUAAAAUUGAUGGCCUCACAAUUAUAGCCUUAAAGGUACAAGUGUGUGUUCGUGUGUCUGUGUGAGUGAGAGAAAGGGAGUGUUGUGUUGCAUAUUUCAUCAUAAUUUGCCGGCUCCUCUCUCAGAUUUGUACCAGCAUUGCUCAGCCGUUCAGCAGGACAGAGACAACAGAGAGACAUCAUUCAGAUGAUUGUCUUGUUAUCGUUAAUAUUAUUGAUAUUGACCUGUGGGGUGACUUUAGGAGGGACACCUCACUCUGAUGUUCAAUAUAUAGAAACUUAUUUGGAAUAAAAAAAAUACUUUAAAAAGUCAUUGUAUGAAAAA